AUGACCAACGCUUGUGCAACCCAUGAACACAUCCUGGAGAUGUCACAGUUCAUGACCCAAUGCACUGCUCUUAAUCCUCCCGUCCUGGAGGCAUACACAUCCUCGUACUCAUUGAUCGAGCGUCGUCAAUUCACAGACAUGAUGCAGCUAGCAAACCACAUGUUGUUUCUCGCUCAGAUGCAGACUGGCUCUAUUCUUGCCGGUCAAGUCCAGAGGAGUAUAGAGAGCUGGGUGGUGAGAGGAGAUCCAAUGCCUAACCAGUUCAUCUAUGAGACAGCUGAGUUAUUUGCUUCCGUUGAUUACCGUUUUCACGUUAUGCAGUGGGACACUCGCGAGCAGGCUUCUGAUGCAAUGGUCUCUGCUUCAAACAGGGAUACAGAAGAUCCCAUGGAUACCAUCCUCGAUAGCUUCCGCAUCCAAGAAGCCUACCCCUCAUUCACACCCUGGGCCAUGAACAAUCAUCCCGGUACCUACCAUGACACCAACGAACCACCUCUGCUCUCACCCCACCGCGUCUCUGUCUACAAAACAGACAUUAAAGCUCACCUAAACUGUAUAGACUGCCCUUCCUGCUCCUUCAGCACAAAAGUAAAGCGCGACAUGCUGGCCCACGAAGCCUUACACUGGGACCCACAGCCCUGCGAAUGUGCUCAAUCAAACCAGAAGGCCCUAGCUGCAGGAAUAGACACUAUAUUCUGUUCAUGCGACAAGCUGACUACUGAUGAAACUGCACGUAUGCUAAGAAACUGGGAAGACGAGACUACUGGGCAUUUGAUAAGGAAAUUUGGUAGGUCUGAGGUGAUGAGGAAAUUUUCUAAUACUACUGCUAUACAGAUGCAGAGCGAUGUUACGGUGCCAGAUAUACACCAGAGCUUGGCAAUCAACUCUCAGGGUGGGAGUUGA